GGGGCUGCCCCCGUGCAGCGGGAGCGGCGGCGGCGGCGGGCGGAGAGAUGGUCGCGGAGUGGGUGAGCAGCGCCCUGGGGCUCGCCCUCUACCUCAACACCCUCGGCGCCGACUUCUGCUACGACGACAGUCGAGCUAUCAAGACGAACCAGGAUCUUCUGCCAGAGACCCCGUGGACCCAUAUAUUCUACAAUGACUUCUGGGGGACUCUUCUCACUCACAGCGGGAGCCACAAGUCGUACAGGCCACUUUGCACGCUCUCCUUUCGCAUUAACCAUGCCCUCGGGGGCAUGGACCCGUGGGGCUACCACCUGGUGAACGUCCUGCUCCACGCUGCGGUCACGGGCCUCUUCACAAACUUCUCCAGGAUCCUGUUCGGGGAUGGAUACUGGACCUUGGUUGCCGGCCUGUUGUUUGCAUCUCAUCCGAUCCAUACCGAGGCAGUAGCAGGGAUUGUAGGGAGGGCGGACGUGGGAGCCUGCCUCUUUUUCCUGCUUUCCCUGAUGUGCUACGUGAAGCAUUGCUCCACGAGAAGUUCCUCAGCAAGUACUUGGGGCUGGAUCUUGGGGACGGGACUGUGCGCUGGCUGCAGCAUGCUGUGGAAGGAGCAAGGAGUGACUGUGCUGGCAGUUUCGGCGGUGUAUGACAUCUUCGUAUUUCAUCGGCUGAAAAUGCACCAGAUCAUUCCUGCUUUAUGCAAGAGGAAGAAUUUGUCCCUCUUCUUCAGCAUUGCUUUAUUGACCUCCUGGGGGACUGCACUGCUGGGUAUCCGCUUAUACUGGAUGGGCAACAAACCGCCGAGUUUUUCCAACUCUGACAAUCCAGCAGCUGACUCGGACAGUUUUCUCACGCGUACUCUGACCUUCUUUUACCUGCCGGCCAAGAACCUUUGGCUGUUGCUGUGCCCGGACACCCUCAGCUUUGACUGGUCUAUGGAUGCUGUGCCUCUUCUUAAAGCAGUCAGCGACUGGAGGAACCUACACACUGUGGCCUUCUACGCUGGACUCCUUCUCCUCACCUACUCUAGCUUGAAGGGCUCUAGCAACGAGAAAGAGUGCAAUGGGAAAACAGUGAUAAACGGCAAGCAGAAUGCCAAUGGGCAUAGCUGCCACUCAGAGACGGAGUAUAAGAUGUUGGAGGUGAAGUCCAGCUUUGCGUUGAAAGAAGAGAAUGGCAUAAGAAAGCACGGGAUGCAGAAACUGCCGCUGCCUUCAACUGAGAACAUUGUCGUUCUGUCUCUGUCUUUGUUGAUAGUGCCCUUUGUUCCUGCCACCAACCUAUUUUUCUAUGUUGGCUUUGUAAUAGCAGAGCGUGUGCUGUAUGUUCCUAGUAUGGGCUUCUGCCUGCUGGUUACAGUAGGUGUCAGGGCCCUUUAUGUCAAAGCCCAGAAGCGCUUUCUGAAGAACUUGGUUUUUUGUUCCACUGCUGCAUUAAUUGUUUUCUAUGGACUCAAGACUGUUGUCAGGAAUGGGGACUGGCAGAAUGAGGAGAUGCUGUAUAGGUCAGGGAUAAAAGUAAACCCUGCUAAAGCAUGGGGUAACCUGGGAAACGUUCUCAAGAGCCAGAGCAAGAUCUCCGAAGCCGAAGCCGCCUAUAGAAAUGCCCUGUACUACCGCAGCAACAUGGCUGAUAUGCUUUACAACUUAGGAUUACUACUUCAGGAAAACAGCAGAUUUUCAGAAGCAUUACAUUACUAUAAACUGGCAAUUGGUAGCAGACCUACAUUAGCUUCUGCCUAUUUAAAUACUGGUAUCAUCCUGAUGAACCAAGGGAAGACAGAAGAAGCCAGGAGGACAUUCCUGAAGUGCUCAGAGAUCCCUGAUGAAAAUUUGAAAGAUCCUCAUGCUCAUAAAAGCUCUGUUACGAGCUGUCUUUAUAAUUUAGGAAAACUUUUUCACGAACAAGGACACUAUGAGGACGCCCUCAUGGUUUACAAAGAAGCAAUACAGAAAAUGCCAAGGCAGUUUGCACCACAAAGCUUAUACAACAUGAUGGGAGAAGCCUACAUGAGAAUGAGCCGGCUGCAGGAAGCAGAGCACUGGUAUGUGGAGUCACUGAGAUCCAAGAGCGACCACAUCCCAGCACAUCUCACUUACGGAAAACUUCUGGCUCUCACGGGACGCAAGAGCGAGGCAGAGAAGUACUUCAUGAAGGCUAUUCAGCUGGACCCUACCAAAGGAAACUGUUACAUGCAUUAUGGUCAGUUCCUCCUAGAAGAAUCCCGCCUGAUAGAAGCAGCUGAGAUGGCAAAGAAAGCGGCUGAACUAGAUAAUACAGAAUUUGAUGUUGUUUUCAAUGCAGCCCAUAUGCUCAGACAAGCUAGUCUCAAUGAAGAAGCUGAGAAGUAUUAUGAAAUGGCAGCAGGAUUAAGACCUAAUUAUCCAGCUGCCUUAAUGAAUCUUGGAGCCAUUCUCCAUCUCAAUGGUAAACUCAAAGAGGCUGAAGAAAACUACCUCCUUGCUCUUCAACUUAAACCUGAUGACGUCAUCACUCAAUCCAAUCUUCGCAAAUUGUGGAAUAUCAUGGAGAAACAAGGAUUAAAAACAUCCAAAACAUGAUGCUGAAAACUCUGUGAACUUUUUUUUCUUAAACUAAUUCAAGUCCCAAGCUAGAACUUCCACGAAGUUGUCCGAUCACAGCGUUCAUUGGACUUGACUGCAAGGGUCAGAGGUCUUAAUUGCUGCUAGGAGAAGCUAUUCUGCUUGUUUGGCUUAGUUUGUUUUUGCCAAGUAAAAAGGGAGACUUCCUGAGGAAUUCAUGAUGGACUUAAGUGUUACCCCACAAAAAUAUUUAGAAACAUUGCAAUUAGACAAGGGUGUUUUGGCAUACUUGAUAAACCAUUGCAAAUCCCAUAUUGCUCAUUUCUGUGUGGGUACUUGAAAUGUAUACUGUCAUAGAAACACUAAGGGAAAAUUGUUCGGUAUACACUAAGCCAUAUGGGAGUAAAAGUGGUAAUAGUAGGUUAACGUAUUUUGCUGAGACUGUAACUCAUUAAAAUGUAUACUAAAUCCAGUGUGUUUGCAGUUUUGUCUUAAUGCUGCUGUAUCUCACCUUAGGACCACUUGCUUAUCAAUUUCACAUCAAUUUAUAUGGCCAAUUUUAUUUUUUUCAAACUUGUCACUUGUGAUUAGAUGACAGUAUUCAAAAUUGUUCACUGAGUGUAUAUGUAUAAUUUCAGCUUGUUAAAAGUUUUGAUGAAGUUUUCAUAUGAUACACAGUCUAAUGUCUGUGGGUUAGACACAAGGAGCAAGGAGAAGCCCAUAUGCUACGGUAGAUACGUAGAGAUGUUAAAAAAAAAUAGCUGGAGGUGUCUUUUAAUGUCCUCACUGAUCAAUACAAACAAGACUGAUCUUUGCCCUGAUAUCAAAUGAGUGUAGUCAGACUGUCAUCUUAAGAAAAAAGUAAUAAUUUGGUAUUAUAGAACAAUGUGUUUGAAUCUUUCGUAUUGCUCUCAGAUAAGACUGAGUUUAAACUCAGCAAACUCAAGUAAGAUUUGAAAAUAUUAGUGCUUGGAUAAACUACAAAUGAGAUUUCAUCAGCAAUUUUGAGAAAAGGGAAUGAUAUACUUUGAGGCUAGCAAGUAGCUGAAGGGACUGGCUUUUAUUGGAUCAUGCUCAGUGUAGGUCAAGAGAAUGUGCAACAGUCAUUGCCAGUUACUUUUCACAGUGGUAUUCUUUUAAAAAAGAUAUUCAGAUUCUAACCAAAAGCUAGAAUUCUGUUUGUAUUCUGACAUGUAUUCUGACAUACAGCAGAGCUGUGAAAUAUCUAAAUAUGCUUUGGUAAGGUUCGAUUUAUUUUUGAUUUGGAAUGAUUUGGCCUAGUUACUGUUUUAAUCUUCAUUUUUUAAUGUAAAAAUAAUUUAUUUUAAAUUGCAGUGUAUUGAAGCUUUAGUCAGAUUUUUCCAGGCCAUUUGCUAACUGCUUUCUUUCUUCAGAAUAAGUAUUAUUGCUUCUAAGAAAUUCGCUAUUUCAUUUAAUGACCUGUUUGUAUCUGCUUCAGUGUUCUUUUCAUAAUGGUAGAUAUGAUGUUAAAGUGGUAGAGCACCUUGAACUGAAGCUACUUCAGGAUCUUCUGUUAAAAAACCCUUUAUUACUGAAAAAAGCUUUUCUUACUAUUAAGCACCAUUCCAACAAUACUGUAAAGAUUACUUUGCUGUAUUUAUUUAUUUAUUACUUGACUACAGCAACAUUUUCUGUCAUUAACGCAAUAGUUUAAGUGUUGCUAUUUCUUUUAUUUGAUAUCCUUGCAUUUUUUGUGGUUAGUGUGUGUACUUAAUGGCAAAGGGGACGCUUGAGUGUACUCUGCUUCUUGGUCCUUCUCCCCUUACACUUGGAUUUUAGAUCCAUAUUGAGUUACACUGGGGAGUAAGCAUUUCAAAGUCAGUAGAGUCAAGAAACAUAGUAGCGUGUUUCCCUUCUUUUUUCAUGCUUACUAAAACACCAUGUUGCUACAUUCACUCCUGGCCUUCCAGAAGGGCCAGAGGGGCAAAACUGUUCGGUUUUGUCGAAUGUGUCAAGUUUUUCUGAAAUAACCAUAUGGCUGGAAGAGCAAAAUUGAAGGGUCAAAAGUUGAAUUUCUACUUCAUCAUUGAAACCAAUGGUAAAAUACAAUGGUAGCUUGAACUUAUUCUGCCUCUUUUCUGAAUUUCUGGAAAAUUAUAGAAAUAAUUAGAUAGUACCUAUGACAGAACUCAGUAUAAAACUGUGGUAUCUUGCAGCUUUAUUUGUUCAACAGUCAUCAAAUUUUGAUGGCUUCUUGGUCGUAACCAUUCACUAUGUUAUUUGUCUCCUUCAACUUGUAUUCAUUCUUGUUUAGUAAUUUUUAUUCAUUGCACAAAAGGGGGAGGGGGUAGCACUCAUUCAUUGCAGUGUCAUGCUUGCAUUGAUAACUGUUUGGUUUGUUUCUUUAAAAAAAAAGAAAAGAAAGAAAAAACAACUAGCAUAAAUUUAACAAGAAUGUCCCUGAAUACAUUUUUUAAUAUAGGUCUAGGCUUGAUAACUUUCUUCUUUUGGGAUAAAUUUAAAACAUGUUUAAAAUAUGUCUCUCUGCUCAGGGAUUUAUGGUGGAUUAUUGCAGACAGUGCUAAAAAAAAUAUAAGAGCACAAGACAAGUUUACUAAAUUAAAAUUUUAUUUUUUGAAAACCUGUUAUUUGUAUAAAUUAUCAGAUUUGUAGGCUUUCCUUUUUGUAGAAAUAAUUGUUUAUGUGCCAGAU